AAGAAAUUUCUUUCUUUUUUUUUAAUCCAGAGCCCUUUCUGUAUGUGUGUAUCUCUGUGCGUCUGCGUGUAUGUGAGAUUCAAAGCCUUUUCCAGAGCUGGACAACCUGCAUCUCCCCACCCCCACUACUGGGUGAUUAAUACCCAUUUUCCUUGCGCUCCCUCCUCCUCUUCCCCUGUUUUCCGUACUGUUGACUUGCAAAGCUCCCCCCCCCCCCGCCCCCAUAACCACCAAUUGGGAUCUGGGUUCUUUGCUUUUCCUCCUUCUCUCUCUCUCUCUUUCGUUUGCUCGCUUUUUGCCGGGUGUUUUUUGAUUCGCCUUCCUUUGCUUUCUCCCCCUCCAGGAAAUCUUCUCUGGGAUUUUAUAUUGCAGAAGAAUUUGUUUUUUAAUUUGCUCUGAACAAUCUCUCCCCCCCCCCACGCCUCCCACCUUGCCUGUGUCAAAGAAGAUCCUGAGUGAACCUGAAGAAGUUCAAAAUGCCUGAGAUGGAUGGUUAAUACUGCUUUGCAGGAAAAAAAGGGAAAUAGCCACCCCAGGGAAUUCAAAAUUGUUGCAACAGGAUUUGCUGGUGGGGAACGCUGUGGGAAUAAUCAUGCUUCACAGAAGAACAGCACCGAUCUCCAGUUGCUCUAAACACAACCUCAUCCGCUAGGGCUCCAGGAAAAAAAAAUAAUUAUAAGAAUCGUACUUGUGAAAAAGCAAUGAUUGCUUUGGAUGUUGCGCUUUACCAUCCUCCGUGCACUCUCUGAAGUGAAUCUCUUCUCUUUGAAUUUGCACCGCUUCAAGACCCAAGAUUGACACACACGAUAUUUUUAUAGCCAAAUCGGAUUUUUUUUAUCAUUUCUCCCAUUUGCUCCCCCGACCCCUAUUCUUCUUAUGUGGAUAUGCAAGCAAGAAGAGAAGUCUGGAUAGUCCCAACAUGCUCGCUCCUUUAAUCUGUCCGUCUAGAGGUUCUGCUUCUACAAACCAAGCACAGGUACAGCUUCCUUAACGUUGUUGUGUACUGCUGUGCCUCACCGUUUAUGUGGAGAAAAAGAGAAUCAAGUCUUCAUGGUGUGUUCAGUCCUUGGUGUCUAUGCCAACUGGAAUAUGACUGUUUGCCUGUCAGGAACUGGAGGGAGACCAUCAGCUCACUUGACACAAGGGAGUGUAAGAGCUGAAGAUGAGGCCCAGGGCGGAGUGUUAUUCUCCAAAGUUCUGGCUGGUGCUGGCAAUCCUAGCGACGACGGGUGGUGCGGCCCGUGCCCAGAAGAGCCACCCCAGUAUCGGCGUUGCUGUCAUCCUGGUGGGGACCUCAGACGAAGUGGCCAUCAAGGACGCCCACGAGAAAGAUGACUUCCACCACCUCUCAGUGGUGCCCCGAGUCGAACUGGUGGCCAUGAAUGAGACAGAUCCCAAGAGCAUCAUCACUCGCAUCUGUGACCUCAUGUCAGACCGGAAGGUUCAAGGUGUGGUGUUUGCUGAUGACACAGACCAGGAAGCCAUUGCUCAGAUCCUGGACUUCAUUUCUGCCCAGACUCUCACGCCCAUCCUUGGCAUCCACGGAGGCUCCUCCAUGAUCAUGGCAGACAAGGAUGAGUCAUCCAUGUUCUUCCAGUUUGGCCCAUCAAUAGAACAGCAAGCCUCCGUCAUGCUGAACAUCAUGGAAGAAUAUGACUGGUACAUCUUCUCCAUUGUCACUACCUACUUCCCUGGCUACCAGGACUUCGUCAACAAGAUCCGCAGCACCAUCGAGAACAGCUUCGUGGGCUGGGAGCUGGAGGAGGUCCUCUUGCUGGACAUGUCCCUGGAUGAUGGAGACUCAAAGAUCCAGAACCAGCUCAAGAAGCUCCAGAGCCCUGUCAUACUCCUCUACUGCACUAAGGAAGAGGCCACCUACAUCUUUGAGGUGGCCAACUCUGUGGGGCUGACAGGCUAUGCUUACACAUGGAUCGUGCCCAGCCUGGUGGCAGGGGAUACAGACACAGUGCCAUCUGAGUUCCCCACUGGCCUCAUCUCUGUGUCGUACGAUGAGUGGGACUAUGGCCUUCCUGCCAGGGUGAGGGAUGGGAUAGCCAUAAUCACCACGGCUGCUUCUGACAUGCUGUCUGAGCACAGCUUCAUCCCUGAGCCCAAGAGCAGCUGUUACAACACCCAGGAGAAACGGAUCUACCAGUCCAACAUGCUGAACAGGUACCUGAUUAAUGUCACCUUUGAAGGGAGGAAUUUGUCCUUCAGUGAAGACGGCUACCAGAUGCACCCCAAGCUGGUGAUCAUCCUUCUGACCAAGGAGAGGAAAUGGGAGAGGGUGGGGAAAUGGAAGGACAAGAGCCUCCAGAUGAAGUAUUAUGUGUGGCCCCGCUUUGAGCUGUACCCUGAUUCUGAGGAGCGUGAGGAUGACCAUCUGAGUAUUGUGACCCUAGAGGAGGCGCCGUUCGUCAUUGUGGAGAGCGUGGACCCACUAAGUGGCACCUGCAUGAGGAAUACAGUCCCCUGCCAAAAACGCAUCGUGACCGAGAACAAGACGGAUGAGGAGCCUGAUUACGUCAAGAAAUGCUGCAAGGGGUUCUGCAUUGACAUCCUCAAGAAAAUCUCCAAGUCUGUCAAGUUCACCUAUGACCUCUACCUGGUGACCAAUGGCAAGCAUGGGAAGAAGAUCAAUGGGACGUGGAAUGGAAUGAUUGGGGAGGUGGUCACCAAGCGGGCCUACAUGGCGGUAGGAUCCCUCACCAUAAAUGAGGAGCGGUCAGAGGUGGUAGACUUCUCUGUGCCCUUCAUCGAGACAGGAAUUAGUGUCAUGGUAUCACGUAGCAACGGGACUGUCUCACCUUCUGCCUUCCUAGAACCAUUCAGUGCUGACGUAUGGGUGAUGAUGUUUGUCAUGCUGCUCAUAAUCUCUGCAGUGGCUGUCUUCGUCUUUGAGUACUUCAGCCCUGUAGGUUACAAUCGGUGCCUUGCUGAUGGCAGAGAGCCAGGUGGACCCUCUUUCACCAUUGGCAAAGCUAUCUGGUUGCUGUGGGGUCUGGUGUUUAACAACUCCGUGCCAGUGCAGAAUCCCAAAGGUACCACUAGCAAGAUCAUGGUGUCUGUGUGGGCCUUCUUUGCUGUCAUCUUCCUGGCCAGUUAUACUGCCAACCUGGCCGCCUUCAUGAUCCAAGAGGAGUACGUGGACCAAGUGUCUGGACUGAGCGACAAAAAGUUCCAGAAACCUAACGACUUCUCACCCCCUUUCCGAUUUGGGACGGUUCCCAAUGGCAGCACAGAGAGGAACAUUCGCAACAACUACCCUGAAAUGCAUAGCUACAUGGUGAAGUUCAACCAGAGGGGGGUGGACGAUGCCCUAUUCUCGCUGAAGACUGGGAAAUUGGAUGCAUUCAUUUAUGAUGCAGCAGUGCUAAACUACAUGGCUGGCAGAGACGAAGGCUGCAAGCUGGUAACGAUUGGUAGUGGGAAGGUUUUUGCCUCCACUGGCUAUGGCAUUGCCAUCCAAAAGGACUCGGGCUGGAAGCGUCAGGUAGAUCUUGCCAUUCUACAACUUUUUGGUGAUGGGGAGAUGGAAGAGCUGGAAGCUCUCUGGCUUACUGGAAUUUGUCACAAUGAAAAGAAUGAGGUAAUGAGCAGCCAGCUGGACAUAGAUAACAUGGCAGGCGUCUUCUAUAUGCUGGGGGCAGCCAUGGCCCUCAGCCUUAUCACCUUCAUCUGUGAGCAUCUCUUCUACUGGCAAUUCCGCCACUGCUUCAUAGGUGUCUGCUCUGGCAAGCCUGGCAUGGUCUUCUCCAUCAGCAGGGGUAUCUACAGCUGCAUCCAUGGGGUAGCCAUUGAGGAGCACCAGUCAGCGAUGAACUCCCCCACAGCCACCAUGAACAACACCCAUUCCAACAUCUUGCGCCUGCUCCGCACAGCGAAGAACAUGGCCAACCUGUCAGGUGUCAAUGGCUCACCGCAGAGUGCCCUGGACUUCAUCCGCCGCGAAUCCUCAGUCUACGAUAUCUCUGAGCACCGCCGCAGCUUCACCCACUCUGACUGCAAGUCUUAUAACAACCCGCCCUGUGAGGAGAACCUCUUCAGUGACUACAUUAGCGAAGUAGAACGGACCUUUGGCAACCUGCAACUGAAGGACAGCAACGUGUAUCAGGACCACUACCACCAUCACCAUCGGCCCCACAGCAUUGGCAGUACCAGCUCCAUCGAUGGACUGUAUGACUGUGACAACCCACCCUUCUCCGCUCAGCCCAGGUCCAUUGGUAAGAAGCCACUGGACAUUGGUUUGCCACCUUCCAAGCAUAGUCAGCUAGGUGACCUCUAUGGCAAGUUCUCCUUCAAGAACGAUCGCUACAGUGGCGGAGGGGGCCAUGACGACUUGAUCCGCUCAGAUGUCUCUGACAUUUCCACCCAUACGGUGACCUAUGGCAACAUCGAAGGCAACGCCGCCAAGCGGCGGAAACAGCAGUAUAAGGACAGCCUGAAGAAACGUCCAGCUUCAGCCAAAUCACGGCGGGAGUUUGAUGAGAUUGAGCUGGCCUACCGCAGGCGCCCGCCCCGCUCCCCAGACCACAAGCGCUAUUUUAGGGACAAGGAAGGGCUACGGGACUUCUACCUGGACCAGUUCCGGACCAAGGAGAACUCACCACAUUGGGAGCAUGUGGACCUGACGGAUAUCUACAAAGAGCGGGGAGAUGAGUUCAAGCGCGAUGCUGUAGGGGGUGGAGCGUCCUGCACCAACAGGGCCCACCACAAGCAUGGGUCAGCGGACUUUGGAGGAGCCAAUGACCACAAGCAUGGUGUUGUGAGUGGAGUGCCAGCACCAUGGGAGAAGAACCUGACCAAUCUAGACUGGGAAGACCGGCCAGGGGCUAAUUUCUGCCGUAGUUGCCCCUCUAAAUUGCACAACUAUACCCCGGCAGUGGUGGGGCAAAACUCUACCCGCCAGCCCUGCAUCCGGUGUGAGGCCUGCAAGAAGGCAGGCAACCUCUAUGACAUCAGUGAGGACAACUCUCUCCAAGAGCUGGACCAGCCAUCUGCCCCAGUGCCAGUGACGACCAGUGCCACCUCCUCCAAGUAUCCUCAGAGCCCAUCUAACUCUGCCUCCAAGGUGCAGAAGAAGAACCGCAACAAGCUCCGCCGGCAGCACUCCUAUGACACCUUCGUGGACCUGCAGAAGGAUGAGUCAGCCCUGGCUCCCCGCAGCGUGAGCCUGAAGGACAAGGGCCGCUUUUUGGAGGGGAGCCCCUACGCCCACAUGUUUGACAUGUCAUCCAGCGAGACCGCUUUUGCCAACAACAAGUCCUCAGUGCCCGCCACCAGCCACCACCACCACAACAACCCUGGCAGCAGCGGCUACAUGCUCAGCAAGUCACUUUACCCUGACCGGGUCACACAAAACCCUUUCAUCCCCACUUUUGGGGAUGACCAAUGCUUGCUCCAUGGCAGCAAAUCCUAUUUCUUCAGGCAGCCUGUGGUGGCAGGUGGGCCCAAAGCCAGGCCGGACUUCCGAGCCAUUGUCACCACCAACAAGCCAGUGGUCUCAGCCCUUCACGGGGCUGUGCCAGCCCGUUUUCAGAAGGACAUCUGUAUAGGGAACCAGUCCAACCCCUGUGUGCCUAACAACAAAAACCCCAGGGCUUUCAACGGCUCCAGCAACGGGCAUGUUUAUGAGAAACUCUCCAGUAUUGAGUCUGAUGUCUGAGUGAGGGGAAGUGUGUGGGGAGCGGGGGAGAAUGUGGAGUGUGGGAGGGCAGGAUGGGGUCAGACCUGGUGCCCAUUUGCUGCUCUCCUGGUUCUUUGUGGAACACUGGAGUUCUGAGUUCUCUCUAGGGCAGCACUGGUGACAAGUGCCACCUCUUUCUUUCCCCACCCCCAUUAUCUCUUUCCAUUUUCCCACUCCCUCCUUCCUCCUCCAUUCCUGGUCAUCACACUUCCGUUGAUGUAGGAAUUGGGUAUCCUCGCUUAGGGUGUCCCAGGUGGAGAAGAAGGUGCGUUUCUGGGCUGAGGCAGGGGAAGCUGUGUGGGCAGGAACAGUGACCGUAUUGUUUCGUUUUUUUUUAAACUCCAAACAGCGAAGGGAUAUGCAAGCGCGUGCGUGACAGGAGGAGAGAGCAGAAGAGGUGGAAUGGACACAAAGGAAAAUGCUCUAUCAGGCAAUUCUUCCUAAAACUGUUUAGAAAAAAAAAUUGAAUACAUGGAUAAAAUGAAGGAGACAUAACGUGGGAUUGACUUGAUGCACUUACAUACUGGUUAUAUUGAGGUUCUCUUUCAUUUUUUUUUUCAUGAAGACUAUGGGGGUUUAGGGCUGAAAUAUGUAUUUGCAUAUACACUGAGAGAUUUACACUGAAAUUUGGAAUCAUUUUCUGGAGGCGGGAAGGGUGAUUUGUACGCAGGACUGGCUGGUGGUUCCAUGAUGGUAACGCAGCCAGCACAUCUGUGCCAGACUAGCAAGAGAGGUGGCGGAGGAUAUUGGGUCUGGGGUGGGACAGCAACGCUGAGGUCAGGAAGCCUGGGAGAUGACUUUGCCUUCACUAAAACGAGAGACGCUUGGGGGUGGGAGGUAAGGCUUGGCUUGUUCCUUAGUAAUUAACUCAUUGUUAAUUUUGGGCAUCAUUAAAUCAUGGGAGCAGUUUAUAAGGCAAGUUGGCUUGUUGGUGGGUAUACACGAUCAUACUAUACUUGAAAUGUCUGUGAGGAAAACGAAAUAAUACCACAAACGGAGUGUGUGUUCAGCUAACAAACCCGGCAGGACAAAGAUUGAGAAGCUGGGGAAAAGGCAAAGAGCGUGAGCGUAUGGGAGAGACAGAAGUGGAGAUCUGUCACCCUGCCACUUCAGGAGAUGUCAACCUUGUUUUGGCCAAUGUAAAAGUAGAGGGGCAGGUCAGGAAGGGGCCUGAUCCCUCCUCCUUCCCCUCCCCCUGCCAGGCAGAGAGAAAUAUGUCACAAAAUGGCACAGGGCGCUCCCUGUUGAUGGUGGUACAGUGUUCUGAGUCUGGCUUUGAGGGAAAAGGAGGUGUGAGGAAAACGUGUGAGCGUGGCAGCAGCAGGGGACUGCUUAAAUGCCUACAUGCGCACUUGCUGAAUACGGGCUUACGUUUGCUAUUGAAUGUGCUGUGGAGACACAUGGCUUGUCUUCCAGAGGGCAGGCGGGAAUGACAUAAAUAAAUGACAACACUCACAGCAGCUAUGAUGAGGUCUGAAGACUAGAGGUGGUAGGGUGGGGGGAGAGAGAGAGAGAGAGUGUGUGUGUGUGUCUGUGUGUGUGUGUGAGAGAGAGAGAGAGAGAGAGAUUGAGAAAUACUAGCACAGGUGCUAAGCUGGAAUAGCCUAACGCUGUAGUCAGCUUUCCCAGCAAGCAUGGUAUCGGUAAAAGUGGUUUUCUUUCCAUUGUAUCAUUUUAGAUGCAAACUAAACUAAACUAAAUGGAGUGAUGGUGAGAGUGAGAUGUCCACUUCCCCUUUCAUUUGUCUUCUUUAACAGGAGGAACUGAGGUGAGACCCCAGGUCAGCACCUCCCAUCCUGAAACUUGUGGUACAGACCCUGAAUUUUUUUCAUGGAUCUGUCCCAUUGUCCUGCCAGCCUUCAUUCACACGGGGGAUGGUUAAAAAAGCCCCACAUUUGACUGGGGUGGCACAUAGAAUUGACCCUACACAGAGGAAGGCAGCCAUUUUUUUCAAGCAACAUUUCCUCGAGCUGAAAACCCUCACUCCCUCACACUCCUCACUGCACCACAGCUGAUUUUAUCUUGCUAUCUUUCCUUUUUUAAGCCAACAGAAGACCUCCGUUUUUUUAAAGCUGGGGCUGGGGGGCUGAAAAGUCUCAUGGUGUGAGGGGAGGGUGGGCAGGGUGGAAGGUUUGUUUAGAUUUCACUGAGGAAAUUAUAGGGGAAGGAGUUGAAGGGUCUUUGAAUUGCCACCCAUGGUAUCAGGGGAAGGGACCUGCUUAUUCCUUCCCUCUCCUCCCUUUACAAGAAAAGCCAAAUGAACUAACCUAGCAAUCUGCAAUCCAGAACACGAGGCGACUGGUCAGAGCCCACUGACAGUGGCCACCAAGAAGGCAUUCAUUUCAUUUGUAAAUAUUUUUUCUAUUGCAUUUUGUAUAAAUUGAUGUUUCUCUUCUCGUGAAAAUUCAGGUCGUGGGGCAACCAGGGUGGGAGGGAGGGUGGGGUGAGGUUGUUUUUGUUUUGUUUGUUUUCUAUGACUUUCAGGCUGUGUAUUUGGAAGCGGUUUACGCAGGUCGAGGCCGUGCAAAUGGGAGAGCAAGAGAAAAUCACGUGCACUGUGUUCCCUCCCCCGCCCCAGUACCACCCCUGUCACCUUUAUCUUCAUGAAUUGAAAAUGCUGGCAUGUCACCUCGAUCCUUGCCAGCAGGGUAUUCAUGCCAUGGUGGAAGUACUCCAUCUUCCCUAUUUGAUUAUAAACUCUGUUCCAGCAUCUGUCUGUAGAAUUUGGGCUUCAAGACAUUGUCUUGCCAGUGAUGGGGUUAACCAUCGAUUUGGGUGUUCAGUUUGGGUCAUCACACAGUGGUAUAGAGACUUCUCCAAUACUGCUUUGGUUUACAAAUCUUGGCGCUGGGAAAGCUUGCAAGAUUUCUGGUACUUCCCAAGGGUUUUUUGGCAGCUGGCAAGAGCAGCAUGUCUCUGAUGGUUAUUUCAGUACUUUCCCCUCACCCUGUUUGCAGCUGGAACCAGGAAGCUCAAAGAUGAUGCUGGGAGGGAAUUAAAAGGAAAACAAACCAAAAAGAAGUCAUCAGGACUAUUUCAAACCUCUCUAAAGAGUUCAGAUUUUGUGUUUUGGUACAGUUCUCAUUUUCUCAGAACUGGUUUGCUCCAUCCCUAGUUCCAGUGAUUGGCAGAUAAUGGUUUGCCAUGAUAAUUAGAUUUAGCAUUUACACUGUAUAGCACUGCUCAUGUUCAAAGUGCUUUGCAAACAUUAACCGUGCCAUGAGUCACAUGAAUGCCUCCUCUGAGGACAAUUGGAAAUGUAGGACUGGCAGCACCAGGCUGGAUUAUUGGUCAACCUACAGAAGUCUGGUAUCUUGCCUUCUGCCAUUUCAGGUCAGACCAUUAGUCCAUCUAGUUAACUCUUUCUCCUGCAAAUGGCCUUUUCUGGUUGCUUUUUUUUAUUUGAGUUCCAUGGGUGAGAGCGUUUGGGGCAGGAGGUGGGAAGGGGGUUGUUUGGGGGAGAUCAUAAUCCAGCAAAGAAAGUGAUGUGAUUAACACUGUUGUGAGUUUAGGAUUUUAGAUUCAGUGUUAUUUCAUUGUAAUGAAUCAAGUGACGCACACAGGUAAUAUCAGCAUCAGGUGCUCUUUCUGCUAGAACAGAGCCCAUGUAAUGCUCAUUACCUUCCAAAAAAGCAGGGGCUUUCAUACCAAAGCCCAACAAAUGUUUUACAUUCCCCUUUCUGCCAUCUCCCUCUCUCCUUUUCUUUCCCUUAGUAAAAGACAAUAUUUUCUGGGAUGCUUUAUGGGAUCGUUUCACACCUCAAAGGCUCUGGCUACUGAAAUAGUGAAGUUCGGGUUGAAGGGCAGAAGUCAUUGUAGCAUGGAUGUUACAAUGAGCUGUACUGUAUGUUUUCAGUCUACCUGGAAGGAUCUGGCACCUCUGGCCAUGUAUUUGCCACAUUCCUCUUCAUUUGAACCCCAGGCAUGGUUCCCUGAGAGAUGUUCUAAUGUUCUCAUCAUCCCUCUUCUUCUGGAGCAUGUAUGUAUGGCCCUGAAGGAGAAUGGGAGGGGAGCAAAUGUCCCUAAAAUAUCAGGACUAUCCCAUACAAAUUUCAGGGUAUCUGGCAGCCAAACUUUCCAAGUUGUGGAGCUUUGCAUGAUGCCCCAUUGGAGUUUUCACACUGGUUUUCUAAAAUAAUGUAACAUAAUAUAUGCUGAAAUAACAGUACUCCAUCACAUACUACAUCCUGGCAUAACACAACACACCAUGAUCCUGAUAUCAGAACAUAAUACAUCACUUCAAAAAUGUAAAGACAAGCUUCAAUCAGCACUCACUAUCCAUCAAGACAAUGUGGGUACUCCCUACCCCCCUCAAACAAAUGUAUCACCAUCUCUGACGCAAACAUAUCCCCCAUAUUUUUGGAACCGGACUCCCCAAGUGGCUUCAGAUUGCUCAGCAAUUCUCUAGUAUAAACUCCGUUAGGGAGUUAUUUUAAUUCUCCCUAUAUGUGGUGAGGAAGAUUCUUCCAGGAUGUCCUAAAAGACUAUAGAGUGUGAUGGUAAAGUUAUAGUUGCCAGGAUGGGUCAUUUUGCUUCAGAGCUCUCCAGCAUGCACACAAAAGUUGACCUCCUAAUAGCAAGGAGAUGCCCACACCCAUCCUGGAUAGAGGCCCCUUUACCCUAGGGUUGUUCCUCAUAGCGAUGGUACCAGCAAGAGAGAGUAAGGAUGUGAUACUGGUGACAGGUUGACAUGGUACCUCAGGGAUCUUGCAGGCAAGUCUUUGCUUUAGAGCUUUCUAUAAAAUGUGGCAUGCCCUCCAACCUACAUUGUUUAUUAAUAGAUGUAAGCAAGCCUGAGAACAUGGCCAAAGAUCAGACUGAGGCCUGUCACACACCCUUCGCUCCAGUCAAGCAACCAUGGGGAGGGGUUUACAUUUCCCCACAUAGAUUUGGUUGCCAGAAGAGGGGAAAGCAUGGGGACAGUGCUGAUGAGGGAACUUUGUGCUGACCAUCCACACUCUUGGUCUAAGGAUGUACACAUGAACAUUCCUGCUCUACCCAAGCUAGAGGCAUGGAAAAGCCUAGGACCCAAUUAGAUGAUUCAUGGCACAUGAAUGACUCAUAUUGAAGUCCCUGGGAGUUUUGUGCAUCAAACUUAUGGCAUGGUCAGGCUCCUGGCUCACUGACAGCAAAUGGAUAAGGACUCAAAGCCAUGUCCUUCCCCCCACCAUCUUCCAUAAGUGCUUCCCUGCUGCUGAUCACACCUGGUAUGUCCAAGUGGACCACACCUACCAUGCUGGUGGAUGCUGCAGGGCACAUCAAGAAAGUAACUAGAGGGACCCAAGCUGUGUCCCCACAAGGGCUUAUUUCCACUUUGCAACCAAAUAAACUUCCAAGCCAUAUAGCCCCACCUCAUCCAUUCACUCACACACAAGAAACCCUCCCCCAAGGAAAGAUUGGGAUUAUGACUGGCUCAGCAGCAAUCCCAAAAUUAUUGUUUCAUCUUCAUCACAGGCUGUCUGGAACUCAUCAGGGCUAGUCACAGAUGAACAGGGGCAUCUCUCAGAAAAACAAGAUCACUUUUUAAUGGGCUUUGGGUCCCCUCUCCAUCUCUCAAGCAUCCCCAGCUUCCUCUCUUAACCACAACGUUUGGGUGAAUUCUCACACUUUUUGGUGGUUACAGACAGCAAUGCGGACACGGAAAUAAUUUGGGUUUAUUAGCAAUGCCCAAUAAAUAGAAAAGUGAAACCAUCACUGUGUAUCAUGGGAAACAGAACUCAUGAUAAACUCCAAAAGCACAGUUCUCUACCCACUGAGGUAAAGAAGAAUCGGCAUUAGCUAUUAGUAGUUAUGGGGCUUUUAAUCUGUAUUUGCAGGUUUCCCACCAUUCAAAGUUGAAACAGGUAAUGCUGAUUAACACUUGAGCAAGUCUGACAUUCCAUCCCAUAGGGAUGGACACACACACACACAUGAAAUAAUAUGCAUGUGAGCAGAUCUGACAUUAGCAGGAGGCAGUGGCGCGUGUGCACACACAAAAGCCAGUACACUGCAGUAUGCUUUGUGACUCUUUCUGUCCCAAGAUGCAUCUUCUCAAAGUAGGAACAAUCUGACCUUUACUAAUGUUCUGCUGGUAGUUAUUUACUUAAUGUAUUCAUUUUGUGACUUUUAUAUCAUCUGCUUCCUUGACUGCAGUACCGUGUAUAAAUAUAUAUAUGUAUAUAUAUACAGAAGGUAAUUCAAGCAACUACAUUCAGGUUGGGGAAGAGGGCGAUUUUUAUAUAUGUACAGUAUUUCCUUGUUAAACAAUGGCAUGAUGGGCUGGGGGUGGGGUGAGGAAGCUGACUUCUAAAUUGUGGUUUUUCUUGGUAUGUGGUGUUUGAAGUUGUUUCAGUGGCUGCUUUUGCUGGUUCGGAAAGUUUAUCUGGAUGUUAUAUGUGUGUGUUAAGAAAGGGACCCAAGGUAGGGGAGAUUUGGGGUUGGGGGAGGGGUAGGAGAGGGUUUUAAUAAUUUCCUGUAUUAGAAGAUGUGUUGAUUGUUAGGGACUGUUUGUCUGAGGCACCGGGCUGUUUCCUUCUCUAGGUGACUUGCUGCUUUUAUCUGGUUGCUUUCUUUUCUCUGGUCCCUGUUGUUGUCGUCCCUCUGGAGUGUUAGUAGAAUCCAUUGUUGCUAUGACCUUGCCUCUGCUGUAAUCUUUCUCUGGGCCUUCAUUUCCUCCUUAGCCCCUUUCUCCACAGUCCUCCUUUUGUAUUGUCCUUCCAAAUCCCUAUGGGAUGAGGGACUGCAUCUUCUGUGUCCUCUGCUAUCUUCCUGCAGUUCCUAGCUACUUUACAUUAUUCCCUUUAGAAUCUCUCUAGCCACCUCCGAAUCCAUCUCUUAUCCACGUGUUCAAACCUUUCUAGUGCUUCACUGCCUCAUCUCUCUGCCCUCAUGUCCACCUAUUUCCCAAUACUCAUCCCACUCCUCCAAUCCUACCUCUGUGUUUCUUCCCUCACAACCACACACCCUCACUGUUUGCUCCCUGUGCUCCCCUGGUUACCAUCUUACUGCUCUGUCAUCUUCAUGUGAUCCUACAGUUGGAGAGUGGCGGCGCUUGAGCAGGCCACUCUAUCUCUUGUAUUGCUGCCCUCUCUCCCUGAAACUCUCUAGCCCUCGCCAAGUCACUUCUUUUUUAGAAGAUGAUAUUUAGCAGCUGUAUCAGCCUUUCACUUUCACCAAUCCUGCGUUCUUCCCUUGAACACCCAUGAAGGAAAACAUGAGCAGUCCGGUAAAUUUGCCAGUGCAAGAAACCUGAUGAAACCAUUUUUUCCUUGGAGAGUUGUGAGAGGUAGUCUAUAAAAUUCCCUUCCUUGACAGCUGAUUGUUAAGUGCACAGGACGGUGGAGGUAUACCAAUAAUCCAUUUCAGGUUGACCCACUUCAAAUGUGAGUCUCUCUACCACGCCUCUUUACUUGAUGUGAACCCAGGAGGGACUGUUGAGAGGUGGUGCUGUGUUUGAACAGCAUUUACUACCCUGCAUAGUCUGCGGAAGCCAUUGAUUUGUUUGCUGAUCGCAGGAUUAUCUGCCAUGCUGUGCAGAUGGGAAAGAAUGGCACUGAGGACUGGGUCCCCCUCGGCCUGGCAAGUCAGUAUGAGAAGGAGUGACUGGAGGGAUGACUUUGGUUCACUAUGCUGGGGUUUCCGUAAGUGAAUAGAGUGACUGAGCGUGGUUGCAGUCUUUGAGCGUGUGUGUCAAUCUAUAAAUUGGAAUGUGUGUCAUUGUGUGUGUGGACAUAUGUCCAAGUGUGUGUUUGUGUGAGCUGGUGCGUCAGUGCAAUGUGUGGUGAAGCUGUGUCAGCGUGGUGUCCGAGCAUGGGCCGCAGGUGAGCUUGGAGUAAGUGCAUGUGAACAUUGGGCAGUAUAUGUGGAAGUAUGUUGGUGAGAUUUCACAUUCUAGUCACUCUGGAUAUAGCUUUAGGCACAGUGCCAGUCAAUCCACCCCGUUGCUCCUUCUGCUUACUCAGUGUGCCCCAAUUGUGACUUACCCAGCUGGCGUUCUAGUGAGAAGGCACCUGCCAAAUGAGACUUCUGUGUGGGCCCAUAGGGGCUAGCAGAUGAGCCCCAUGUCACCUUUCCGAGACUCAGACGUGCUCCAGAAUAAAUGAGAUUAGCGAGGUAGGUAAUGGAACUUUCUUCCUCUGAAUGCUGGGCAGGCUCUUGGCUUCUGUGGACUUCUCCCCUUUCUGAGCCUUUUGCUGGGAUUCAGCUCCCAUGAGCUGUCAUUUCCUCUGAGCACUGACAGCUCCUAGGGGCUCCUACUGCCUCAGAGCACUAUGUGUAUGUUGCAUGCCUGUUGUUACGUGUGUGUGUGUGUGUAUAUAUAUAUAUAUUGUGUGUGUAUGUGUGUACAGUCUAUGUAUGUAGAUGGUGUGUGUGUGUGUGUGUGUGUGUGUGCUUGAGCAGAGGGAGUCCUGUUGGAAGCUGUACUAGGGCAAAGCCAGUUGAUAAGUAUCUGCAGGUUGGCAGCCUUUCCUCUUUUUCUUUUAGCUCUGAUGUGUGUCCUGGUAAAUUCACCCAUGUCUGGCAGCCAUGGUGCUGCUCUUGCUGUCCUACUAUGCCCCAGGUCUGACUUGCUUGGUGAGGACCCUGGAGGACGUGCUCUGCAUCACAGAUCAGGUUAGAAAGCAGAUUCCUCUUUGGGUUGGUUGGAAUAUAGCAACAGAAACCCAUUCUACAUGCUAAUUCAGUUUUGUGCUGAAGCCACUGUGCCAUGUUUCCACACCAGCGUGCCACAUGCAUUGCAUCCUUAGGCCUUACCUGGCAGAUGAAGAAGGAAGACAUCCCCUCACAGCACAGUAGAGUGUUUGGGAGAUGCCUGGUAAAGCAGAAGGGGGAUGCACUUGUCCCAUGACUGAAGCAGGAUGCACCCUGGCUUUCUUGCUGCCUUGGUGCACUUUCAGCAUGGAAGCACUAACCCUAUUGUCAUUCUUGGAUAAGUAUGGAGGGGAGAGCUAAGCUGCGAUAGAUUUGAUCUCAGGUCUCCUGUCUCCCUGUCUUCAUUUUGCAAGUGUAAGUGUUCAUUGAAGGGCCCGGAAAGGCAGCGCACCUGGUGACCUGAGUUGGGAAUUGAGUUCAUCUUCCCCCAGCUCUGUAGCAUUGUGGGGGAGAAGAGGAGACAGCGAGCUCUAUGGGGAGCAGCAGGUGACCUUUCUGCAUCUUCUCCUUCCCAUCCCAAGGAGAUAUCAACAAACUGGUGGCAUCCUUGCAGAGGGGGAUCAGUUGGGAAUCCCCUCUGGUGCCAGCCAGUUCUGCACUUUAACUGGCCAUGUUGAACAACACAAAGAUCUCUUCUGCCAAUAGUUGGGAAAGAACACCAGGACCUGAUAAGCAGCCACAGCCAUCAAACAGCCGAGGAAGGAACAACAUCCUCUGGCUGUUGCCUCUUGUCAUUUAUGCCACCUGUUUCCAUUAAACUGACCCAUUGUGUUCCAGUCUCUUGGCCACUUUGAUAUAUUUUUAUAUAUUUAUGAGGCAAUGGAGAGUAUAUGUAUAGCCCUUGGGUGGCUCCUUAUUUCAAAGCAUACCCAUCAACAUCCUCUGCUUUCUUCUGCAUGCAUUCACUGGUUCCUCUCCAGCAAUAUCCUGUGCACUGCCUGGUUUUGCUUUCAAGGGGUCGAAAAGAUUUGUGGGUUUGUUUUUUUUUUUAAUUCUUAAAAGGCUGGGUACCUAGAACCAGUCAGAAUCCUCAGGAGAUGCUGUAGGAUCGCACCUUGCCACUGAACACAUGUGGCAGUGAGAGGGAUUCAAAGGGAAAGUGGCUAGCUUUGGAGUUCUGCUGCCACUGGUGGCUUUUCUUAUCCUUGGAGCGGGAGCUCUCUUUUCACGCCUGCUCAGAAUACAGCAAGCUGCUCUUUUUAUCGCUCCAUCUUCAACAUUUUUAAGGGGGAGAAAUUUUGUAAAGUCAUUUUGGCGGGAGAAGGGGAGCCUUUUUUCAGCAAUACGACGUUCUGAGACCUCAGUUCUGUGUAUGCAGUCAGCUGUGUUUGGGCUUUUUCCUUCGCAAAUGCUUUUGAUGCCAGGGCAAUCUUGAGACAUCUCUUUGCCAGUGACCGCAACACCAUCUAUAAUUUGGAGAUUGGGGCUGUUACAGAGAAAAGGCUUCAGCUUCUCUGACAGUAACUUCUAACUAACUUCUACCUGGAUUCUCAGAGGGGGAAAUGUUUAAUCAUUGCACAGAUUUUUUUUUUCAUGCUCUCUUUUUCUUUUUUCCUUCUAAAAGGUAUUACGACAGAAUUCUAUAGCAGUGGCCCCAAAUGCUGUCAUGACCCUGGGAUGGAUUGCAGUUUUGUGUAAUAAGAGCCCUCUCUCUCCACUGUAUAUUUUCACUAGUUUCCUUGCUAUCUCAGUCCCCACCCGCAGGGCAUAACUCAUUCUUGGCAGUGGGAGUGCGGACUAUGAUUUAGAUACUGCUCACCCAACUAGUGUACCCUUUUAGAACAGACUUCACCAUGGAAUCCCUGAAUAGUAAGUAUCUAGACCAGACCAGGCUCCAGCUGUCCUGAUUACAUAGGGUACCACUGCUGCUGUUCUCUCUGACAUGGAGUGAUGGACAUUCCCGGGGCUCUUUCAGGAGGAGUCUUUGUGAUCUUUUCCUGGGCGAUAUGCAAUAAAUGGCGUGUUAGAGCUGAGUUGGUGGUGAUCAGGAGGGGAGGGGAGGCCGGCGUGCACAUGAGAUUCUGUAGCUCAGAUACAAGCGUGUCACAAUCUCUGUUGAAAUACAGUGGAACAAUACAACAGAGGUUCUACUCACAGACCGACCCUCCAUCGCCACUGAUCUCACCGUACAGAUGAUCCAAGGGUGACUUCUCCUUGGUGAUGAGGGGAAGGGCAGCAGGGAAAAGAGAGGUGGAGGUUUCUCUCUUGGGCUGGCAGCGAUAAUUCCUUUAGAUCAUGCUCUUGGGUGGGAACAAUGCUAAAAAAGCCAUGGAGGGCAGAUUAGAAAACAUGAGGGGAGAUUGAGCAAGGUGGAGUGAGCCAGAGAGCCUGGUUGGAACAGCCUAAACUAUCUUUUCAGUAAUUCUUUCUCUCCCUCCUUGCACAAUCCCCAUUGUCACCUCCCCCCACUUAUAGAAACAAAAGGGGCUGGACCUGGAUCCUGAGGGAUACGAUCCAGAGAGGGGAACUAAUAACUCCCAUGCCCACUUCUGUCUUUCUCCUGCAGCCCCGUGCUGUUCAUGGGAGGCUAGGGCUGGCCUUUGACACAGACAGUGCCCUCCUGGGCCAACCAGAAUCUAGCGGUGCCCACAGUAAAGCAACUGGGGAGAAAUAUGGGACCUGACCAACACUCUCCCUAUGCACCAUUGUGACAUGUGAGAGAAAUCGCAGCAUGUGGAUGUGAGCAUCCGGGGCGUAGGAGCAGCAAGGUGUUCUUGGCUAGGGAUUUCCCGCCCUCAUUGGUGUGUGGGAACCCAAGUGUGUUGACUUUCAGGAGAUGGUGUCAGGCUCCUUUAUGCUUUCCAGGCUUUUGGCUGAAGCAGAGUAGUGCCGGGGAAAACUCCAGUUUCUUCUGGGGAUAGGGGAGGGAGACUAUUUAGGGCUGACACUGGUCAGCAUCUUAUGUAUUUUGCUUUUAAAUAAUGUAAAUUUGCCCAGAGAAUGUUUGAUGAGCUCAGUCUAUAGAUCAAAAGAGAAAUAAAUAUUCAACUACAGUGGUGGUUUUCAACCUGGGGGCCACAGACCAUGUCUAAGAUUUCCAAAGGGGCCCGCAUCUCCAUUUGAAAUUUUUUAGGGGUCCGCAAAUGAAAAAAAGGGUGAAAACCACUGUCCUGCAGUGUAAUUCCCCUGCUACCCCACUGUCCCUCCUUCAUUUCUCCUGAGAUCAUGGUUUCUCUGGGUGGGCUCUGACACCUACCAGGCCUUCCUCCAAAGCAAACAUUUCCCUCCUCCUUGUGUGAACUUCUGGACCUAAAUAUCGCCUCCUCCUCCCUUUUUUCACAUACACAUGCUCAACCCCCAGCCCCUCCACUUGUGAGAACCUGAGCCACAGAGGCAGGAGUGCCAAAUGACUAUUUAUUUCUCAAAGGAAAAUUAAAAAAAAAAAAGUUUUUUUAAAAUAUGCAAUUGUGCAAAGGGAACCGACAGCAAGAUGAUGGUGGCAGAGAGGAAACGGGAUGUUUUGUAACUCUAGCUGCAGUAAAAAAAAACAAAAAAACAAAACAAAAAAAAACCAUUAAAAAUAUUGAAAAAAAGAAAAAAGGAAAAAAAAUCUUGACCUAUUUUGGAAAUAUUGUGAAUAAUUUUUUUGAUAUAAAAACUAAUUUUUAUGUAGCAUGAAAACCACCAAAAUAAAAUGAUCAAGAAUAAAAGUUGCGCAGAGGUUUUUUGUGGUUGUUGUUUUGGAGGGAAAUGACGGGGUAGGAGAGGAGUGGGGUGUGCAUGUGUGUGAGAGAGAGAGUGAGAGAGAAAGAGAGAGGGAGGCAGUGUUGUCAAAUCUUGUGAUUUUAUCUCAAGGUUUUCAAUAGUAGUGUUUUUCAUAAAGCCCCAGUUCCUGGAGUCCUAUGAUUAUGCGAGAAUCUCCCCUUUCAUUUUUUUAAAUAGUAAGUUUUUAGCCUUCAUUGUUGAAGAGAAAAGAAUGGACCAGAAAGUCUCAGAAAUAAAAAAAAGAAAUAUAAAAUACCCAACAUUUAUGAUUUUUGAGCAGCUGAAGUUGGCAGUACUGGUGAGGGAUGUACGGAGCAGGGAGGCCAGGGAUAUGAAGAUUGUAUUCACACAUACAUCAUUCAUUUUGUCAUAUGAUGGAUAAGCCUCCUUGUAAUUAACUUGACCUACUCUUUACUGUCCCUACCCACUGAGAAAUGGGGCACUGAUCCAUCCGAGGACACAUAGGCACUGCCUCCCUGGUCCCCUUUGAAGAAACUUUACAUUUGUUUCCAAUUCUUCCUCCCUUCCAAAGGAAAUAUGCUUCCUCUCCAAAGCCUGGAGAAAACUAGAUGUUGGGCCCUCAGCUCCUUUAGGAAAUAUGG